AUGAGCAACACAGUACACUUUCCAAGCGCAUUGCAAUCGGGGACAUCUAUCGCGACUCGUGCUCCAUCUACUGCUCUCGAUAUCUGUGAUCUCGUCUACGGUCCCACUAUUCCUGCAUGGGACGUGAUCGAGAGAUUUUAUGAAUUAAAUGCGCUGUACGAGAACCCAUUGGUAACGGCGUCAUCGCGCACCGUGAUCUCCGACAUCCACGCCCUCGCCAGCCAACUUGCCAAGCUUGAUGUUCCCAAACCGAUAGCCCUUCUGUGCAGCUUGUUCGGCCUCUCGAGAGAAGGUGGACUGCAUGAGUCAUGGUUCAAAGUGUCCAGCAUGUGGCAUGAGGUUACAAGUGUCUCUGAGAGCGAUAGCUUCGGUGAGCAUGUAGUCGGGUCCAGACGAAGUCCGCCACUUGUGGUGUCCAGGGCGCUACACCAUACUGUUAGCGAGCGUGUCGUUAAUGUCGCCCAAUGCACAGACGGCCAUCAAAGAAUAAUCGUUGAGCACACACUACACGUCGACCUCCUGCCAGGGCUCGUCGGACAAGACACAGGAUCCACGCAUUCACUGCCCUCCACGUCUUCCCAGCUUUCCCUUUCUGUCCCCCGUCCCGCAGCCAGCUUCCGCGGUAGAGGGACCGGAGCUCAGAACCCCCGGCCGUCAAUACUUCACUUAUCUCUUCCCAUCCUCACCCGCCUGUCCUUUAACGAUGCAGGGAAGAUAACGCACCACAGAGAUUUCUGGGAUGUUAAGGAUCUUCUGGGGCUCUUUCCCGGCAUGUCUCUUGCGCAGUGGAUCACGACCCGCCUUAUUGCCCAAGGCAUCCGCGGCAUUAUGGGCGCCAGUAGAAUGCUGGCGAGCUCGCGCUGGUCUCGGAAAUCGGACAAUCCCGACGCACGAGAUGAAGAGGAGGGUCUGUCCCCUGUGGCUGCUUACGCGCGAGCAGUGAAGGACAUUGGCGCCGCGUGA